CGAAAACUCGCACGGUGAGCGACGCGGUGGAGGAGAAAGACGACGCAGAGAACAAAACACGCAAUGGCGACGGCGGCGACAACAGCAGGCGGAACGGGCUCAGGCGGACCUGCUAGCGGCCUGGUCAGCGGCGGGAGUAUGGUGGGACGGAAGAAGGACGGAGGUCCGUCCACGAAGUUCUGGGAAAGCUCAGAAACGAUAUCCCAGUUGGAGACGGUGCGUCUGUGGAUCGGAAAGCACUACAAGAAGUAUGUCCAGAAUGAUUCCCCAUCCAGUAAGUCAUUGGCCGGCCUGGUGGUCCAGCUGCUGCAGUUCCAGGAGGAUGCAUUUGGGCGUAGGGUCAAUAAUCCUGCCCUCACCAAGCUACCAGCCAAAUGUUUUCUGGAUUUUAAGGCAGGAGGUGCGCUUUGUCACAUCUUGGGAUCAGUCUACAAGUUUAAGAGUGAGCAGGGAUGGCGCCGGUUUGACCUCCAGAAUCCCUCACGGAUGGACAGGAACGUGGAAAUGUUCUUAAAUGUAGAGAAAAACCUGGUCCAGAACAACUGCUUGACUCGACCAAUUGUCUUCCUGUCACCGGACAUCGAGCAGAAACAGUCCAGUAAGCUCAAAGACAUCAUCAAAAGACACCAGGGCUCAAUGACUGAAGAUAAAUCAAAGGCCACCCACCACAUAUAUCCCUCCCCAUCUCAGCAAGAAGAAGAGGAGUGGCUUCGCCCUGUCCUGAGAAAAGACAAACAGGUGCUGGUGCACUGGGGUCUCUACCCAGACAGCUAUGAUACCUGGGUAUCAGCCGGUGAGGUAGAUGGUGAUGUGGAGGAUCCACCCAACACAGACAGGGCCUGGAAGGUUCACGCCAAGUGGGUUUUGGACACAGAUGCCUUCAAUGAGUGGAUGAAUGAGGAGGACUAUGAGAUGGAUGAGAACAAGAAGCCAGUUUGCUUCCGCCCACGAAUUUUCCCCAAGGAAGAGGAGUCUUCCCGUACACCUGAUCGCAAGGAGCGCAAGGCUAAUUCUGCCGGAAAGAAGAGGAGGCGCUCGCCCUCACCGCCCAGCACUCCUGCUGAGUCUCGCAAGAAGGGAGGAAAGAAAGGAAACCCAGGGUCUCAGUGGAAGCGUCGAGGUCACCGAGGUGAAGAGGAGGAUACAGAGGAGGACAUCACCAAGGACAUGGACGAUUCAUCGGCUGGAGCCAGCAUGGAGGAGGGCAGCGUGUCUAAAAAUGCCAGUUCAAAGAAAGACAACGAAAACACUCCAGUGAAAGGAGGAAAUGUGGCCGACUUGGAUGACAUGGAAGAUGAAUCCAUGGUUUCUGGUGGAAAGGACGAUGAGGAGCUGGGCAAAGCAGAGGUCAACCGACUGAUAGACGCCGGGGAGGACAACGUAACUGAACAAACUCAUCAUAUCAUCAUCCCCAGCUACGCUGCUUGGUUUGACUACAACUGUAUUCAUGAAAUUGAGAGACGAGCACUACCAGAGUUCUUCAACGGGAAAAACAAAUCUAAAACUCCAGAGAUAUAUCUGGCCUACCGUAACUUCAUGAUUGAUACUUAUCGGCUAAACCCUCAAGAGUAUCUCACUUCCACCUCCUGCCGUAGGAAUUUGGCUGGGGAUGUGUGCGCCAUCAUGAGGGUGCACGCAUUCUUGGAGCAGUGGGGUUUGGUGAACUAUCAGGUUGACUCAGAGAGUCGCCCGUUGCCCAUGGGCCCCCCACCCACACCCCACUUCACAGUGCUGGCAGACACGCCAUCUGGGCUCAUGCCCUUGAACCACCGACCUCCACCGAUUCCUCCUCCACAGAUCAUGCCUAACUUUGGAGAUAAAAGCAAAGAGAAGCCAAUUGACCUGCAGAACUUUGGUCUCCGCUCCGAUCUCUACAAAAAAGCUGCCAAGGGAAAAGCUGCGACCUCCACCAGGGAAUGGACCGAGCAGGAGACUCUGUUGCUCCUAGAGGCCCUGGAGAUGUACAAAGAUGACUGGAACAAAGUGUCUGAGCAUGUUGGUUCGCGGACCCAAGAUGAGUGUAUAUUGCACUUCUUGCGGCUUCCCAUUGAGGACCCUUACCUGGAGAGCACCGAAUCCUCUCUAGGUCCUCUGGCCUACCAGCCUAUACCUUUCAGCCAGUCUGGAAACCCCGUCAUGAGCACAGUAGCGUUCCUGGCCUCUGUAGUCGACCCCAGAGUGGCAUCUGCUGCUGCUAAAGCUGCACUAGAGGAGUUUUCCCGUGUGCGUGAGGAGGUGCCUGCUGAGCUGGUUGAGGCGCAUGUGAAAAAGGUACAGGAGGCAGCCAAGAGCACAGGAAAGGUUGACCCCACCUUUGGCCUGGAGAGCAGCGGCAUAGCAGGCACUGCCCCAGAGGAGCCGGAGAAGACCGAAACCACAGAACCAGAGAAGAUGGACACAGACUCAGACUCCCAGCAGGCAGACAAACCUGAAUUGAAGGAUGAGGCCGAGAAGCCCAGCGAGUCUGCAGAGAAAGCCGAAAAGACGGAGGCCACAGAAAAGGUGAAGAAGGAGGGAGCAGAGGCAGCGGAACGGGAGGAGGAGAGUGAAGAGCGAGUGGAGGCAAAGGCAGCGGCACCAGAAAAAGACAAAGAUGAGGCGAUGGAGACGUCAUCUUCCGAACAGGAGAAGGAUAAAGAGGAGAAAUCAAUUCCAGAGGAGGGAGAUGAGAAGAGGAAGAAGUUGGAGCAUGACAUCGGAGAGGGGAAUAUCGCCACCGCAGCCGCUGCAGCUCUGGCGUCUGCAGCUACUAAAGCCAAGCACUUGGCAGCAGUUGAGGAGAGAAAGAUUAAAUCUCUGGUUGCUCUCCUGGUGGAGACGCAGAUGAAGAAGCUGGAGAUCAAGCUGAGACACUUUGAAGAACUUGAGACCAUUAUGGAUCGAGAGAAAGAGGCUUUGGAGCUUCAGCGGCAGCAGCUGCUCACUGAGCGUCAGGCUUUCCACAUGGAGCAGCUCAAAUACGCCGAGAUGAAGGCGAGGCAACAGAUGGAGCAGCAAGCUGCUGCCGCCGCUGCAGCAGCCGCACAGGCCCAAGGACAGGGCCAAGCGCCCGGGUCUGGACCCCACCCUGGACCCCCUCCACCAGGCAUGCACCCUGGAGGGCCCAUGCCCCACCACGGAGGACCGCCCUCCCACCACGGAGGACCCCCUCCCCAUCAUGGAGGGCCCCCACCAGGCGCUGCCAUGCACCCUGGCUACCCCCCCAUGGGUCAUCACCCAAUGGCCCCCCACCACCCAGGACAAACAGGGCCGAUGGGACCCGGCCAGCCCCUCCCUGGGCGAAUGAUGCCCGGGCCUCCCUCUGCCGGCCCUCCACCCGGUGGCAUGCCUCCCAUGAUUCCCCCCCGCCACCCUGGAGCCCCCAACGGCAUGUACCCAGGCCCACCACCCACGCAGCCUGAAGCGUUGCCUCCGGCUCCUGUGGGUCCACCAGUGCCCCCCAGUGGACGAGUAGCUGACAACUAAGACCUACACACACAAAAGCACACAAACACGCAUACUAACUUGAUUUCAAACCUCUGCCCCCUUUUGAUGGCCUUUGCUACUGGCUCGUUUUUCCCCCCUCAUCACUAAAAUAGCGUAAAGGCAAGACACACACAUACACUCAGGGUUCAGUAGCAAGGACAACCCAAUAUUUUCCACACAUCCAGACUUCCUCUCAGGGCACAGCAGCAAGGCUUGUCUAGUAAUAAACACUGUUUUCUGCUCUGUUGGGCUGAAUGGAGGCUGGACAUAAUGACUCUGUACAGAAAACACGCCACGAGACGGGACAGAUAAGCUGUCUGCUCUGCCUCUCUUCUGUUUCUAGUGCGGUUUUAAAUGGCACUGUAACUUCUCCGGUCGGUCUCUCCUUGACACGCACCUCUUCUCGUCUGGUGCCUCUUUCUCCAAACCAAACGUUAGGGGAGCUAGUGAGAGCAGAGGGCCAGGUAAAGUGUGUGUGUGUGUGUGUGUGUGUGUGUGCGCGCGUGUGCUGAGCAUCAUGAGCUGUAACAGAAACACGAAUCAAGCUGUAAUAUAAAUAAAACACGCAGAGAGGCCUCUCCCACCCUCGCUCUUGUCCUGUCCAGUAUCUACCUCUCGCUCCUCUUUAAUGAUACACUGUAAACUCUGUGUGUGUGUGUGUGUGUGAGAGAGAGACUGGGGCUGUAGUGGUGGUUCAGAUUUCUGCCUUCUUUCACCAGUUUGUGCCUCCAUUCAUUUUAUCAUGAACAUGAUUUUUUAAAAAGUUUUCUGUCAUAUUUGCUUUUAAGGAUAUUGUCAGGAAGAACAUGGUCCAUCAUAAGUUGACAACGCAAACCAGGUCAUCUCACAGUGAUGAGAUGAUGUUGGUGGGUUUGGGUCUUUCCACUGGGUUUUUGAAUAGACAAAGUCUGAAGUCUGCAGCCAGGACCAUUUCGAUGGACACAAACUGGGUCUGAGUGGAAGGACAGAGUGACGAACGGCCACCAUUGCUUCUCUCCCGCACAGUAACACACGCAGACAGGUGAACUAAGCUGAGGCUCACACUGGAGGCUGCACGCAUGCGUCCCACCACACGUCCCUGGGCGGCUGCACACACGCAGACACACACUGUCCUGCUGAGCUUGCUGACUGUUGCAGCCACACGCUGUGAACCAUGCUCUUCCUCGGCGCAGUGGGCUUCUAGAUGGUUUUAGGUGCUGAUACCGUAGCUGCCCCCCUCCCCCACGCCUAGUGUUGCCUACCUCGCUAAGCCCCCCUCACUCACAUCCUUCACCCGCUAACAUUUGCUUCUUAGCCACGUUAAAACAUAGCAAUAGCCCUGCUCCUGUGUUUUAACCCAUCUAUGGUCCUUACACUGAAGAUGAGACCGACGAGACGCCAUCAGGACGUUUAGUUCCUGCAGUAGGUGACAUGUGUAAAUAGGGGCACAACCACUGAGCAUUAGUUUCAGGAGCUGGAAGCAGUUUAUCAACUUUUUGGUCCUAGCACAUCAGAUCUGUUUUGUUUGUCAGCUGCUCAGUGUUCCUCCAUUAUAAUUGCGGAAUCACUUGUUUUUCACCUUUUUAGUGUGUUGAGGUUUGCUGUGAAAUAAAGUUUCCAGCUGCUUUUCAUCAGGGUUGUGCUUUCUUUGCCAUGUGAUCAAUUUCUGUUCACAUUUCAAGUUCAGUUUAUUAGUAUUUGACGAAUUCAAACAGCCACGUUGGCUCUAAGCUGAAGUAAACGGCUGUUGGUUUAAAGGGUAAUAACCCCCCCCCCCCCCCCCCCCAGCACUGUUAGUACCUCUGCUACCUCUUCCUCACUCAUCUGCUAGCUACCUCUUCUAGAAGUGUUCCUCUCGCUCUCUGCUACCUCUCUGCCGCCCCUGCGCUACCUCUCGUCUCUUUGGUUUCGUUGCCCGUGCGACUGCUGCAUCACUGACUGUUGCCUGUCAGAAGAAGACAAAGCGCCAGCGCUCGUCCAGUCUUUGACUCUCACUCAUUCACAGCGCCCUCCUUCCCCAUUCAGCAUCUUUCCAGGCUUCUUAUGUAAUAUUGCUUAAAUAUAAAAGUCCCCUCACAUAUUAUCUUUAAUCUAUGCUUUUUGUGCUUAUGGUAAUGUAUUUUUAAGGAGAAGUUUUGUGUAGAUGGACGUUAUCUGUUCUUUGGAAGUUUGUAGCAUUUGUUUUCCUUUUUUAUUUUGUAUGGGGUCUGUUGGUACUUGGACCUAGACACUGUAAUAAACUUGUUUUGUAUGA